CUGUUCCACAUUCGACCGGGCAACAAGUGUGUGUGUGCGUGGCCAAAAAGGAUCCCCAGUCCCGACUUUCUACCAGUUCCCAGUUAAAAGGAACCAACUUCAAAGAUGGGCAUUGCCUUGAUGUUCCUGCUGGCCCUCUACCAGAUGCAGUCGGCCAUUCAGAGCGAGAUCAUCGAUACGCCCAGCUUUGGGGGCAACUCUCUGCAGGAUGCGGAUCCCGAGGUGGGUCCUCCGCAGGACAAUGACCUGGUGGAUGCCCUCCUGGGCAACGAUCAGAGCGAGAGGGCGGAGCUGGAGUUCCGUCACCCCAUCUCGGUGAUUGGCAUCGACUAUGCCAAGAACGCGGUGGUGCUGCACUUCCAGAAACACGGCAGGAAACCGCGCUACAAGUACGAUCCUGAAAUGGAGGCCAAGCGGAGGUCCCUGCAGGACAACUUCAUGCAUUUUGGCAAACGGCAGGCGGAGCAACUGCCUCCGGAGGGCACUUAUGGGGUAUCCGAUGAGGUGGAGGGCGUGGCCAAGCGGGCCAGCAUGGAUCGAUAUGGCAGGGAUCCCAAGCAGGACUUCAUGAGGUUCGGUCGAGAUCCUAAACAGGACUUUAUGAGGUUUGGCCGAGAUCCCAAGCAGGAUUUCAUGAGGUUUGGUCGGGAUCCGAAGCAGGACUUUAUGAGAUUUGGUCGGGAUCCCAAGCAGGACUUUAUGCGAUUUGGUCGAGAUCCCAAGCAGGACUUCAUGAGAUUUGGUCGCAGUCCUGCCGAGGACUUCAUGAGAUUUGGACGCACCCCGGCGGAGGACUUUAUGAGGUUUGGACGCUCUGAUAACUUCAUGCGUUUUGGACGCAGUCCCCACGAGGAGCUCCGCAGUCCCAAACAGGAUUUCAUGCGUUUCGGUCGUCCGGAUAACUUUAUGCGCUUUGGUCGCGCUGCUCCACAGGAUUUUGUGCGUUCCGGCAAGAUGGACUCGAACUUCAUUCGCUUCGGCAAGCGCGAUAAGCCCUUGGCUCCGGAAUCCAACCUAACCAAGUCCAAUCAGGGCAAGCCGGGCGAAAGGAGUCCCGUGGACAAGGCCAUGACGGAGCUGUUCAAGAAACAGGAGCUGCAGGAUCAGCAGGCGAAGAGCGCGGAGCAGGUGACCCCGACGGAUGAGGGCAGCAUGGAGCAGGAACAGUUCUUUGGCCAGUAAAAGAGUCCCAACAGGACGCCUCCUUGUAAAUAGAUAUUGACAAAUGUACCCACGAAUCGUAAUUGAUAUACGUAUAUUCUUCCCACUUCACACGAACUCCUGAUGAAUACCUUAACCUUGAAUUUUUAAUAAAUGGGCUGGAUUAAAAAUUCACCGCGCUUUAAAAAUCUUAACUAUUAAUAUACUUAGUGUAAUAUUGAAUGCAUUGGAAAGGUGUGAACAAGUCUUUUGCCAAA